UCAAUUAUAUACACCAAAGAUCUCUAUAUUUUUCCAUUGCUUCACCCCAAAACCCUAACCCUAGAAAUUUUGCAGAGAGCCGCUACCGCCAUGCCUCCGAAGUUCGACCCUUCUCAGGUCGUCGAUGUCUACGUUCGAGUUACAGGCGGUGAGGUGGGAGCCGCCUCUUCUCUUGCUCCAAAGAUCGGUCCAUUGGGGCUUUCUCCUAAGAAGAUCGGAGAAGAUAUUGCCAAAGAAACUGCAAAAGAUUGGAAGGGGCUGAGGGUUACAGUGAAGCUCACUGUACAGAAUAGGCAAGCUAAGGUUUCAGUAGUUCCUAGCGCUGCUGCUCUGGUUAUCAAAGCUUUGAAGGAACCAGAGAGAGAUAGGAAGAAGACUAAGAACAUCAAGCACUCUGGUAAUAUCUCUCUUGAUGAUGUCAUUGAGAUCGCUAGGGUAAUGAAGCCUAGAUCCAUGGCGAAGGACCUCAGUGGAACUGUUAAGGAGAUUUUGGGCACCUGUGUUUCAGUAGGGUGCACAGUUGACGGAAAGGACCCCAAGGAUUUGCAGAAGGAGAUCACGGAUGGUGAUGUUGAGGUCCCUCUUGAUUGAGGAAUGCCAUGCGAUGUGGAGUUGAUGCUGUUACAGCUACGCCCCUCAGACGAAUUCCAAGAGAAAGGAUGUGGGCAGCUUGCAUAUUGCAUUUCCUUUUAUUUUUUAAGUUUUAUGAUAGAGGUUGUUAAAGUAGUGUGAUAAGAGACUUCCAUUCAGGUAAGUAUUGAUAAGAUAUCUCAUUGAUUCAACAUUAAAAUCCUUCACGGAGAAGUUAAUGUUGGGGUGUUGCGAGAGAGCAUGAAGGUUUCCUAGCAAUGGAAUUUUUUGUACCACAAGCAUGUUACCUGCUAUUUUUGAAGUAUACUAUAGUGUAGAUGGAUGAGAUCGCCACCUAACUAGGGGCAAAAUCA